AUGAAGAAUUCAUUCGAAUCCUCACUUCUCACUUUCAUUACCGAACACCGUGCCUAUCUCCCCCUCGUUCUGUCUUACCGAUUAGGAUCUGAGCCCGUCCAAAGUCAACCUCGCUGCCGUCCCGCGCUCGCCGAGCGCACCGUGUACGAAACCGCGGAAAUCCACUUCUUUGGACUCCGAAGCCGGCAUUCUACAGAUGAACGAUCGCCACCCGCCGUGCCUGUCGGCCUCGUUGCAGAGAAGCCAGGGUCUCGAGUGAAGCUCGGGUGCGCGCGACCGGCUUCUGGCGCCGCCCUGGUCGGCGACUGGCGCUCGCUCGCCAACUUUACCCUUGUCCAUGCCGCGGUUCCUCCUCGGUGCGCAGGGACGUCCCCUCGCGCCGGACGCAUCUGCUGCGUCGAGGAUCGGCCGCGAGUCGCUGCUGCCCCUCUGACGCGUGCUUCGCGCACUCUGUCGCGCGACGUGUCCUAUUACACCUCGCACCCUGGCGCUGCAAGUACGCACGUCCAUUUGAGCGUUCUCCCACCGCGCGGCUCCACACGCAUCCGCACGCGCACCCUCCGCAUCAAGCAGCCCCGCCCUUUCUCAGAACGCCACAACGCCACCGAGCCCUCGACACGAUCGUCCUCUCGACCUGUAUCCGCGCCACCAACCAACCGCACAACGACCGAGCAGGGCGAUGCCUUCCGCGACAGCCGACCUCGCGCGCUCCAGACAAACAGACAGACAGACUCCCCUCGCCCGCCGCCGCAGUUUCGCACGGCACAGAGCGCGCGCCCCGACGAGCGCCACCUACCACCUACCGCCCUGCCGUCUGCGCCCCCUCGCGCCCCCGCGAAUGACCAGCCCUGA